AUGUCUCGGAAUCCAAAGAAGAAACCCGUCGGCCAGAAGCAUCAAACUGGCGGGAGAGUGUGAGCCAGUGGGCUCCUCCUCUUCUCUUCUUCUGCUGCUAGGCGUCGCCUUUGCCAUUGCUCACCAGAUCGAACACAAGAAGAUAUAGGAGACAACAGCACUGCCUCUCGAUCCUACUCCAAUAAAUAGUAGCUAGGCAGACCAUCCCAAGGACCAAGGUAGCUAGGGAAGGGAAGGAGAGGACUCUCUCCGCGCGCGUUCGUUCCCCACAUAGCAGCUACCCAUACCAUACCGGCAGGAACCCAUCUCCCUCGCAGUCCCCUCGAGCCAGCGAGUCCAGAAUCAAUGGCGAUAGGCGCCUUCGUGGACGGCCCGGCGGGCGGCGCGGGCUACAACGGCCGCGUCACCUCCUUCGUCGUGCUCUCCUGCAUCGUCGCCGGCAGCGGCGGCAUCCUCUUCGGCUACGACCUUGGCAUCUCAGGCGGGGUGACGUCCAUGGAGUCCUUCCUCAAGAAAUUCUUCCCGGACGUCUACCACCAAAUGAAGGGGGACAGCCACGUUUCCAACUACUGCCGUUUUGACAGCGAGCUGCUCACCGUCUUCACCUCCUCCCUCUACAUCGCCGGUCUCGUCGCCACCCUCUUCGCCUCCUCCGUCACCACCAAGUACGGCCGCCGCGCAUCCAUUCUCAUAGGAGGCUCCGUCUUCAUCGCCGGGUCCGUUUUCGGGGGCGCUGCCGUCAACGUCUACAUGCUACUCAUCAACCGGAUCCUCCUCGGCAUAGGCCUCGGAUUCACCAACCAGUCAAUUCCACUGUACCUGUCAGAAAUGGCACCACCGCAGUAUCGUGGUGCCAUCAACAACGGCUUCGAGCUGUGUAUCAGCAUCGGCAUCCUCAUUGCGAACCUCAUCAACUACGGAGUGGCGAAAAUUGAAGGAGGAUGGGGGUGGAGGAUAUCACUGUCCAUGGCCGCUGUCCCUGCCGCAUUCCUAACCAUUGGCGCAAUCUUCCUUCCUGAGACCCCCAGCUUCCUGAUCCAGCGUGAUGGCAAUGUCGACCAGGCGAAGAUGAUGCUCCAGAGGCUGCGUGGCACGACCGGAGUCCAGAAAGAGCUGGAUGAUCUGGUCACCGCUAGCAACAUCUCGCGGACAAUCAAGAACCCGUACCGGAACAUCCUGAAGAAGAAGUACAGGCCACAGCUUGUGAUAGCACUCCUCAUUCCUUUCUUCAACCAGGUCACCGGGAUCAACGUGAUCAACUUCUACGCACCUGUCAUGUUCCGCACAAUCGGGCUCAAGGAGAGUGCAUCCCUCAUGUCAGCCGUCGUGACGCGCCUCUGCGCGACGGCCGCCAACAUCGUGGCAAUGAUCGUCGUGGACCGGUUCGGGCGCAGAAAGCUGCUGCUGGUCGGCGGCGUGCAGAUGAUCCUGUCGCAGUUCACGGUGGGCGCCGUCCUGGCAGUGAAGUUCAAGGACCACGGGGUCAUGGAGAAGGAGUACGCAUACCUGGUGCUGGUCAUCAUGUGCGUGUUCGUGGCGGGGUUCGCGUGGUCUUGGGGGCCGCUGACGUACCUUGUCCCGACGGAGAUCUGCCCGCUGGAGAUCAGGUCGGCCGGCCAGAGCGUGGUGAUCGCAGUCAUCUUCCUGGUCACGUUUCUGAUCGGGCAGACGUUCCUGGCCAUGCUGUGCCACCUCAAGUUCGGCACCUUCUUCCUCUUCGGAGGGUGGGUGUGCGUGAUGACCAUGUUCGUCUUCUUCUUCCUGCCGGAGACGAAGCAGCUCCCCAUGGAGCAGAUGGAGCAGGUCUGGAGGAGGCACUGGUUCUGGAAGAGGAUUGUUGGGGAGGAGGAGGAGGAACAAGAGACGCAAACUGCACCAGGAGCCAUUGCCUUGUCCACCACACCACAUAAUAACUAGUGACAUGCAUCUUCUUGGGGGUUAAAACAACCUGUAACACAAAAUGCUGCUGAUCACUAUAUCUGCAUGUACAAGGUGGGAAGGUGCUCAUAUAGAUAUAUGCUGUAUGUAUCCUAACUGGCUCAGUAGUCGAAUCAAAUGCAACUGUCAGUAUGUAACCUAUGAUUAAGUUGACAUUUCUAAUGGCUAAAGGCAGUUUUGCGUA